CACCACAACGCCGAUCACCAGGCUGGCAGGCUUCAAAAAACACACGCCGCAGUAAUUCUGUUGCACUGUGCCGCGAAUAUCCAAGUAAUCCACCACCCUACCGUAUCUCAGCAAUGCGGGAUGAUGUUGGGAGAGGUUGGCAUUGAACAGUGCCAUGGGCCCUGCGAAAGAGCGGGCCAAAUUACUUGAUCACCUCUAUUAAAACACCCAUGGCCGGAAUUGGAUGCCAUAUCCUUCCUGAUUUCUGUGCUGGUCUUGUUGACGUUUGGAUCCUCCUCACGCUCUCACAAUGGAGCCCUCUGCUAUCCAUGGCCGGGAUGUGGUGGGAAAUAUGGUGGCCCCUUCCAUCCCCUUCAACACCCUGAUGGGAUUCAUCUGGUCCGGCACAUGCCUGUCGCUCGUCACCAUCCUUCUUCGUCUUGCUUUCCGCAUCAAACUCCUCCGUCGCCUCCGACUGGAUGACUACCUCGUCAUCGCCUCCUUCGUUUUCUACCUAGGCUCGACAAUUCUUUGGGCCGUCCUAGCACGCACUCUCUAUGUCGUCGCCCAGGGUUGGAACACGACCCCUACCGACCCAGCCGCCAUCGUCGAGCUCUUCAACAACGCCGGUACCCUUCUCCAUGCCAUCCUCGCAACCUACUGGCUCACCUGGACCUCGCUAUGGCUGGUCAAGAUUGCCUUUAUGGUAUUCUUCUACCCUCUGGGCAGACACGCCCCUCUCCAGCGCUACCUCUGGUGGAUGGUACUUGUCUGCAUCGUGGCGGCCUACUGCGUGACGGUCGGGUUGACGACAGAUGACUGUCUAACAGCCAGUGGUCUCGACAUUGCACAAAAGUGCAUCGGCGAAGCAAAGUUCAACCGGCAGUACUUUACCUCUCGCGUCCACUUGGCAACGGAUAUCUCGACAGACCUCCUCAGUCAGUUCCAUGUCCCGCCGUUUUGCCAGACAGUCAACUGACAUGUCCGAUAUCUAGUCGUCAUCGUAUCGGGCAAUAUCGUCUGGCGGGUCUCUAUUCCAUGGAAAAAGAAGUUGUUGCUGAUGGGCAUCUGCUGCUUGACCAUCGCCAUGGUUGUCGUGGCCAUCGUCCGCGCCGAGGCAGGCUAUUCUGGAACCUCUCCCGACGUAUCAUGGAUGAUUCUGUGCAACUCCCUCGAGAUGACAUUGGCCAUCUUGGUCGCCUGCGCCGCGUCUUUCCGCAGUCUUUACUCCCACACCAAGCACACCAAGCAGCAAGACACCCUGAAGCUUCGACAUCGAGACAACUGGUCCCGAGAUAGAGGCCUCAAGUCGAACGCCAACGCGACCGAUAUCAUGGUCACAACAGAAGUCAGGCUUUGGGAGCACCAAGCCCUCGACGAUUUGACCCACAGCGAGGAAGCAUUGUGGCCCCGGCCGCAACACCAUGGACCGGAACAUGUCCACAUGGAUGGUACAGCGCAUCCAAACCCCCCACAAGAGUUCAGUGGACCGACAAUCACUUAUCCCGCUCUUGCUGCACAACCUGGGUAUAGUGUUGCUGCGUAUAGUGUUCAGAAGUGAUGAUAUUAGACGGCGUGAAUGUUAUGUAUGACAGAUCUCACCGGACACGGCAGUGAAGGAAGAGAAGUCGGGCCUAAGCCAUGAAUGGAAAGAC